AUGACAUGGAAGAAAAUAUAUGCUCCAUUCGCUUCUCUUAUCUUGAUCAUUAAAUCGAAUCACAUAUGUUGAAUAGACAUGUUAGUGGCGUUUUGGUUGCUUCGGCAGCCUCUAUCAAAGAGCAUGCUGUUUUCAACGCACUAAUUCUGUUGUCAAUAUGACAACUGUGACUGUGAAUUUUUUGUAAGCUAUCACAAAUUAGUUGAUAAAUCUGGUACCAAUUACCAGCAAGUUUAAGACUUCAAAUAUUCCAGUUUUUACCAAUAAUAUAAUAUACUAAGUGACAUAUAAAUCCGAACACCCAGUUUAAAUGGUUUUAUUUUAAUAAAAUUUUGUAUAAGUACUUAAUGAAGCAUAAUAAGUAAAUGAUAAAAAUUUCAAAAUGAUUGCACUGCUUUAAAGCCUUUUGACCUUUAAUAAUGUGUGGAUGCACCCUGAUGUGCUACGCAUUAUCCAACGCGCCUAGGCAUGCUUCUGAUCAGGUGGUCAGUGUCCUCCUGUGGUAUCUCAUUCCAGGCAACCACCAACUCCUCUCGAAGUGCUUCUAGAGUCUGAGGAGGACGUUGCAAAUUGAGCAAUCUCCUACCCAUCAUAUCCCACACGUGCUCAAUUGGGGAUAAGUCGGGAGAUCUUGGUGGCCAUGGUAACAAUGUGACAUCAUUAUGUUGAAAGAAGUCUAUUGUGACUCUUGCAACAUGUGGUCGGGCAUUAUCUUGUUGGAAAGUUGGAUCUGCCAGGGUGUCAAGAUAGGGUAAAAGAUGGGGUUCUAGAACUUCGUGGAUAUAACGCUGCGCGUUCAUGUUACCUCUGAUGAAGAUUAAAGGUGACCUGGAACCAUAAGCUAUAGCACCCCAAACCAUAACUCCCACAGUGUGAUGAACAUGUCUUUCAACAAAAAACUGUGGAUUCCUCCUUUCACCACGUCGCCUUCUAACCCUGGCACGACCAUCGUGCAUGCCUAAACAAAAUCGAGACUCGUCACUAAAGACAAUACUGUUCCAUUCCAGAUCCCAGAGUGACCGUUGUCUGCACCACUCAAGGCGAUUACGUCGGUGUUCUCGAGUUAAAGGGAGGACCCAGUGUGGCCGGUAUGAAAACAAGCCAAAACUUCUCAUUCGUCGGUAAACACUUCGCAAUACCAAUAGGUCUUCCGUGUUCUGCAAUACCAUUUAUUUGCAAUGGACCUGGUAGUGGAGAAACGGUCCCUUAAGGCCAAUAAUCUUAGGCGGCGAUCUUCACGGUCUGUUGUUCUACGGCGGCGUCCAGUGCCCCUUGCUCUUUGCGUACGGCCUUCUCGAAGUCAUGCCUGACAACACCUAACCACAGUGUCUACACUUCUUUGCACUCUAACUGCAAUUGCCCGAAAAGAAGGUCCAGCUUCCCGAAGUCCCACUAUACGGCCCCUAUCAAACUCACUAAGUUGACGAAAUCGUACAGGUCUCCGUACUCUAGGCAUCGUAACCGAUCGUAAAGGAUGUCAAGAUCCAAAAUCCGCCAACGUUGAUUCUUUACUGCGGCUGAAAUAUUCAUUUUUAGAGCGUUAGUGAAUUAAAAAAAAGCAGUAUAAAAACCGGAAUGUCCAACUGAUAAGGCUGAACAUUUUUUCACUUGUUAUUUACAGUAAGAUAAAUACAUUCACCAACUUUUAUCAAAAUAAAACCAUUUAAACUGGGUGUUCGGAUUUAUAUGUCACUUAGUAUAUUUGACUGAGUACUGGUAGUGUCCGGAUUACUCGCACAUUCGCCCUACAAGAUUUCGUUUUAGAUAUUCAGUAGGGGGGACCGAGGGGAUUUGAAACAAAGUGGCAACGUCGCUUUUCAACUACUUCCUUCCGCCCGCAGACGUGUCAGUUCGCGUCGGUGGCGCAAGUCGCGCGGUUGUGGAAAUGCCUAGUGAUUAUAAAAAAAGACUGACAGAGGUAUUGCAAGUCGCAAAAUAUAUGAUCUUGCAGCAGAAGAAGUAACUUUGCGACAGAAAGGUCUCCGUGACGCGGCUUCGUUUUACAACCUGAACCAUACCUCCCUCUACAGGUGUAUUAAAAAAAACUGCCUUCGAAGCUAACGGAACGACGACUGCUCCAACGGUUGGAUAUCCAGAAAAAAACUGUUUUUACAGCUUCAGAGGUGAAGAUACUCUGUGACUAUCUUUUAAACUGCGCUGCUGCUAACUUUGGCUUAAGAACUAAGGAAGCCAGAACUUUUGCAUAUAGGUUGACUGUAGUAUACAAUAAAAAAAUUCCUCCUUCUUGGACUUGGAGCAUGGAAUGGCUGGAGAGGUAUGACUUUGGCCUUUUAUGAAACAUCAUCCAGUUCUUUCUCAGAGACUACCUCAACCUACAAUUAUCGCUCGAGCUAAAAGUUUUAAUAGAACGAACGUGCAACCUUUUUUUCAUUAUACCACAGUAGUUGACAAACACAAAUUACAAGAGAUAUAUGGAACGUUGACGAAUCUGGCAUCACAACUGGUUAGAAAUCAGACCGCAUUAUUGCCAGACGAGGACAGAAACAAGUGAGUGCCAUGACUUCCGCAGAGAGGGGAACAUUGGUUACUAUAGCACUAGCAGGAAAUGCCCUUGGGAACAACAUACCCCCGAUGUUCAUCUUUCCGCGGAAAAGAUUUCAUGAUCACUUUAUACGCGAUGGACCUACAGGUUCAAUUGGCACUGCAAAUGGGUCAGGGUGGAUGCAAGAAGACUUCUAUAUAUUUCUUAAAUAUUUGAAAGACCAAAUCAGGCCAUCAAAAGAAAAUAAAGCACUGUUGUUACUGGACAACCACGCUUCACACCUAGCAGUUAAACAUAUCUAGCUCUGCAAAUAAAAUGGCAUAAUCCUAAGCCAAUGGACUGAGCCGUUUUUGGGCCAGCGAAAAAAGCAGUCAAUACUGCUUGCGAUAAUUGGAUGCAGUCUAACCCAAGAAAAGUAAUGACCACCUACGAUGCUCCAGGGAUAGUGAAAACAUCAUUUGAUAUAGUCGUCACACCGCGCAAUAUAUCUUCCGGAUUCAUCCAUACCGGACUUUGGUCAGUUAACAAUGAAAUAUUCCAGGACGCUGGUUAUUUUCCGAGCUAAGUUACUAAUCGACCUUUGGCAACUUCCGUUAUUCCAGGUCCAUCUAGCUCUAAACUUGAUGAUAAUUUCAAGAAGUGAAGAGCCCGGGCUAUGUCCUACUUCUAGCACAAGUGGUGGUUGUCCGCUUGCAAAUAGUAUUUUACAUGAUUCUCGUACGCGAAGUCCAUCAAUCUUAAAUUUACCGGUUGUUCCUCCUCAAAUCAGCUACGAAACAGAAAACGUACCCAAAUAUACAGAAAACCCUGAUAAGAAUUCACCUGAUCUGGCGAUAUCCGAAGUAAUGCUUAAUACUGCCACCAUGCCUUCAACCACUGAAUCCGUUGAUUCCUCCACAAUCUUUAUAUCUGAUAUAAUACCUGUAGCAUCUACAUCACGAGGUACUUCAGUUACUGUGUCAGUAAUUUCAUUCUCGCCUGAAAGUCUGAGGUCUUUGCCAACGGCUUCACCAAGGAAAGGAUAUCAAACAAAUAGACGCAAAGUGAAAUCCGCUAUCUUAACCAACACUCCUGUAAAGGAUGAACUAGCUGCAAUGGAAGCAUCUAGAACGGUUAAGAAACAAGUUAAAAAACCUAACCAUGAAGAAACAAAAACAAGAAAAAGAUCAAAACCAGACACUGAAACUAAAAAGAACAAGGUUGUCAAGAAACAAAGAGAAAACGAAGACAACGAAGAAGAAGAAGAAUCCUCCUGCCUUUGUUGCCACAUUCAAAUAGCAGAGCUGAAGAAAAAUGGGUGCAAUGUCUGGAGUGCAAAAACUGGGCUCAUGAAGCCUGCACUUAUG